AUGAAAAAUUUUAAUGAUGAGGAAUUUUUAAAUGAUAUCCGACAAAUAAAUUGGUCCGAUAUAAACUCACAAAACAAUCCUAAUGAUAUGUGGACAGCCUGGUUCACCAAAUUUUCAGAUAUUUUGGACAUUCAUGCUCCUGUUCUAACCAAAAGGCUUAGAUGUAAAAAAUCUCCGUGGAUUAACUCAUUGCUAAUUCAUAAAUUACGCGAAAGAGACUCUCUCAAAAAACGUUUUGAUAAAAAUCCUAACGAUCAAAUUUGGUCUCGAUAUAAAAAAGCUCGCAAUGAAGCUAAUAAGCUUAUUAAAAAGUCGAAACGAGAUUACUUCAUGACGCGGAUUAAUACAGCCAAAAAUGAUCCAAAGAAAACGUGGCGACUUAUUAAUGAACUUUCUUCACGCAAAGCCAAUGCAACCACAAAUGUGAAAACUAUAAAACAUGACGGAGCAGAGAUCACGAAUUCAGCUGAUAUAGCAAAUGCUUUCAAUACCUACUUUACUACGAUAGGCGAUAACCUUGCCAAAAAUCUACCUAGCUCAGAUGUAAAUCCUAUUUCUUAUAUAAACCCAGUCAAUAGCUCAUUUUCAUUUGCUGAAAUAAAUGUUGAGACUGUAAUCAAAACUCUGAAAUCCAUUAAUCCUAAUAAAGCAACUGGUCCUGAUAAUGUUCCUUGUAAGGUCUUGAAAAUAGCUGCCGAGAUUUUGUCUCCAUCACUCACAGCCAUUUUUAAUCGCUCAAUUUCCAUGGGAAUUUAUCCGGAUGAUUGGAAGAUGGCUAGAGUUUUACCUAUCUUUAAAAAUGGGGAUAAAGGUGAUCUUGGCAACUAUCAACCUAUUUCAAUCAUUUCUGCAAUUGCUAAAAGUUUUGGAAGGCUCGUUUAUGACCAAUUUUAUGCAUAUUUAACUGAUAAUCAGCUUAUCAAUCCUUAUCAAUCUGGCUUUAGGUCUAAUUACAGCACCCUCACUUCUUUACUAGAAGCAACUAAUAACUGGUGUGUCAAUAUCGUUAGAGGUCUUUUAAACGGCGUAGUCUUCAUUGACCUGAAGAAGGCCUUUGACACUAUUGACUAUAACAUUUUACUUUCAAAGUUGAAAGCAUAUGGUGUGGUUGACUUGGCACAAUCUUGGUUUAGAUCCUAUUUAACUGAUCGUAGGCAAAAGUGUUUUGUUAACGGUCAGUUUUCUGGUAUCUCUUCUACAUCCAGGAGAGUUCCUCAGGGUUCAAUAAUCGGGCCUCUGCUAUUCUUGGUUUAUAUCAACGAUCUCCCAAACUGCCUGAAUGAGGGUUUCGCAAGGAUGUUUGCUGACUAUACCAACCUAAAUUUUAGUAGUGAUAAUUUAUCUCACCUUGAAUUUCUGAUGAAUUCUAGUCUGAUUAACCUAAACAGAUGGUUAAUAGCCAACAAAUUAAGCUUGAAUAUUGCUAAAACUGAGUUCAUGAUCAUUGGUUCACGUCAGCGUUUAGCAACUUUUAAUAAUUACGAGCCAAGUGUCUCGGUCGACAAUGUGCCAGUGAGGCAAGUUAGUUCAACUAAAACCAUGGGGCUAACCUUGGAUGAAAACCUUACUUGGAGAAACCAUGUUGAGGUCAUCACUAAAAAGAUCUCUUCUGGUAUUGGAGCUUUAAAACGGGUGCGCGGGCUGAUUGACCAAGAAACUGCUAUUAAAGCCUAUGAAGGUUUUAUUGAACCAUACUUUUCCUAUUGUGCCCCAGUAUGGGACGGCCUCGGAGUAACUCUAAGUGAUAGGCUUCAAAAACUUCAAAACAGAGCAGCUCGUGUUAUUACCCGUUCUUCUUACGAUAUUUCAUCUAGUCUACUUCUAGAUCAGCUGCAGUGGAACACUUUGUCGAUUAACCGUCAAAAGCAAAAAGCUGUUGUUAUGUUUAAAACUCUAAAUGGUCAAUCUCCCCAGUACUUACAAGAAUUGUUUUCAUUCAGAAAUUGUCAAUAUUUACUAAGAAAUUCUAAUGGCAAGUUGUUUAUUCCUAAGCCCAAUACUGAUUAUCUUAAGCGCUCCUUCAGUUAUAGUGGAGCAUCACUAUGGAACUGCUUGCCUGAAUCUCUUAGAUUAUCAUCAUCCCUCUCCUCGUUUAAAGGAAGUCUGGAAUCUCUAUAUUCUUCCAGUCCUACCGACUCCCACACGGCAACCAGGUAGAACAGUACCUCUCCUCCUUUCCUUCUUCCCUUCAAUCUUGUCUUCUUCCUAACUUAUAUUAAUUGCUUUUAUUUGUAAAUAGAUAAUUUUCAUAAAAUGUACUGAUGGUUCUCCGUGUUCUAAAUAAAGUCAUGUAUGUAUGUAUGUAUGUAUGUAUGUAUGUAUUGUAGUUUACAUGUAUAUUAACAGAGUUUAGAAUUACAACAGCUCAUGAGCCUGCUUCCUGGGAUAACGUAUCAUAAAUAUAUGGUUAGAUGUUUCAAAUCCAUGUAUUGUAUACCUUACUUGUAUUAAAAUUCGCGUCGUAUACUCAUUUUCGCUCAGCUUUAAAUUCGCGCAUUCCAAUUUCGCGAAACUUGUUCACGCAGCUUUAAAUUCGCGCAAGUAAUUUUCCGUUUUGGUUCCUUUUGGUUUGUUUAAUAGAACUAUAACUAGGGUACCUGCAAGGUAGGUAUUGAUGCGGGCAUUAAAAGCAAAUAGAACUACAGUAAGCAGCACAAAUUAUAUCAAGCACAGUGAUUACUCACAGCGACUAGUGAGCUGUGAAUGGAACUGAGAAGAAUCCACGUUUACUGCUAUGAAAAAUAUGUUGCUGUCACAUGACCAAUUUUGCAUUUUUUCGGACAACUUUCGCACAACUUUCGCACUCUGCUAUUCAAAGUGUAUACACGUGUGCGAUAUAAACAAGCGAAAAUAUCGCAAAAUAAGGACGAUUUGAAAGGGUUUUUUUGUAUUUGUGGGUAUAUUUAACUCCUGUAAGUGUAAUAUGUAGCGAAGAGAAAAAUUCCCGUUGUGUGGGUACGAAAAUAUAGGGAUAUAUUUCGCUCGACAGCCUCGAAUCCUCGAUCAUACUAUAAAGCAAUUCACAAAUUAUGGUGAAGAGACGAAGAAGGGGAGCAACUGGCACCUUCACGUCACUGGUAAGAAAUUUCUAUUCAAUGCUAUAAAAAAUAGAAUUGUAACAAAGAUGGAGCUCUGCUUUUGGUGCUUGGUAGAUGAAUAGGUUAUUAUAUAGUUAAUAGGUUAUUAGACACAUUUCUAUUAACCCAAUAUCCAGCACGUACCAAAGCAGAACUCCAUAGAGUCAUAGACAUUACCAAUGUAGCAUUGCAGAUGAAAAUAGGUAAAAGGGCCAUAACAAAAAAUAUAGUUCAAAACAUUUAAUGAGAGCAAUGACAUACAAAGUGAUGACAUUGAAUAUAUGUCUUAAGUUAAAGAAGAAACGUUAAUAGCUUUCCAUAAAAUGUUUUAUUAAAACUAUAUUUUUGCUAUGGCGCCAUCUUUAACAUAUAUUCAGAUGGGCAUUAAUGCUUAUUUUAAGUGGCAUUUAAUAGUAAGUACAUACUUCAAAACACACCCCAAAUAAAUAUUUUAUGUGGAAUAUUAUAACGAAAUUUAAAAAAACAUCUUUAUUAAAAAUAGGGACCUAAUCGUACACAUUCUUGUGAUGGACAUGAUAAGCUAAUGGGAUUUAUGAAAGACACCUUUCCCCUGGCAGUUUAUGGUAUGCAAGAUGUAUUUAGUGGUUACAUCCUAUAUUUGAAAUUGUGGAGUUCAAAUUCUAACCCCAAGCUUGUUGGACGAUGGUAUUUGGAGCAUCUUUAUAAUACAAGAGGUAAUUUAAUUAAUAUAUACUAACUGUACAAAUAAUAUACUUUAUGCAAUUCGUUUGUCCCUGGCCUGGUAAAAAUUUUCACUAAAAUUAAUCAUCCUCUCUCUCUCUACUUAUGUAUAAAAGGUUUUAUGAAUGAAGCAAUAUUUUGUACCCCCUCCCUUAUAGAGCUAGUUAUAGUGGUCAUUGCUUCAUAAGAAUUGCAUGCACUCCCAGCAUAAAAACUUUAAUAUAUAUUUUACUUUUAUAUUUUAAUAUUUAUUUUACCCAUCAAAUUUUUUUCUAAUAACAAAACAAUUCUUGUUUACAGUUAUAAGCAAGCACUUAAGAUUAGAUAGAGGGACUGAGACUGUAGAUAUGUCCACUAUACAUGCAUUCCUAAUUAAGGAUGCGGACCCCUCCUCCAGUGAUGGUGAUACUGUGCACUAUGGUCCUUCAACUAACAAUAAGGUACAAUCAAAUAUUGACCUUUUAUAACUCUAUGUCUGUAAUUCAUCACCGUCUAGAGAAGUUCUUUAAAAGAUAAUUACUGAUGCUUCUUGAACAGGGAUAUUAUGAUCCAGAUUGUCAAACUGAUCGGUAGGUUUGUUUUGUGGUCUGGCCAUCUGGCUUGUUUUACAUACUGUUCUCGCUUUUCUCGCUUCAUGCAUGUGUUUAUUCAUUGCUAUAAAUUAUUCUUAGUGUAGUGUAUGCAUUUUAAUUGAAACCCAAUCUGCGGCUACAGUUUCUUAACCCAUUAAAUUGCAGAGUUUAUAAUGUAAUAUUUCCUAAAAUAUUCUGGUAAUGUCAAAGGCAUGCUUAUUAUGAUCAAAAGUAUUGUGAUGGAUGUGUGGAAUUUAACUGGUGUUUAAUUUUUUUUAUUACUAUUAGGGAUCUGAUAUCAUUUGUUUUCAUCCCUCUCAUACAAAAGGAAUUGAAUAUUUUCAAGGACACAAUAUGGAAUUCGCACAGGGUCAGAUGUCAGAAGGAUGCCCAAAUGCCCAAAGGUGUUCCUUGACAUCUGUAUUCAUUCCCAGAAAAAUAUGGUGCUGAACAUUGUGGUAUGGAAUUACAAUUGAAUGAUUAAUCUUUCAGAAAUACAGUACUUUGUCAUUUUCAUGUGGCGAUUUUUGAUUGUUCAUCAACAGGUUUUGAACUGAGGAAACAAGCUAUUGAUGAAGUUGCCCAACUAUCUGGAGUAAUGGAUGUAGGAGAUGAUUACUUGUCACAGGUUGUUAGACAGGAAUGUGAAAGGGUUAUUCCAGAAUUGGACAAUGUGAAACCACAAGAUGCAGCAACCACUUUUAUUGUCCUAAAAAAAUAUUAUAGAAAUGAUGCAGGAAAUUGA